AUGAAUUUCUUAGAUAAACGAAAUAAAAUAGAGAUUCUGUAAGAGAGGGCUGCUCUUUAUAAUAAAGUGUAGGAUGAACUGUACGAAAAGGAAGUCCCCGAAUUUGAACAUACUAAAUUAAUCAAACCAGUUUUAGAUUAGCAUAUUGAAGAGUUCGCGACAUAAUAACCUCCUGCUAAUCUUAACAGCUUAACGAGAUCAUUGCCUAAACCUCCAGUUUCAGUUUUGACUACAUCUGCUAUGAUUUCAUUAGGCCUUGAUAAUUAUGGGACAAUGACUACUCAGAUGCAGGAUGUAAAUCGUAGAAGGGAAGACGAUUUUAACCAUUAUAAAUAACUCAAAAAGGAAGGGCGAUUGGAGGAACUGAUGAAACCAUUGAAACAAUAGAGAGAAAAGGAUCAAGCCACUCAAGCAAUUCUAUUUAAGGUUGAUCACAUUAAAGAUUACGAGGAUAAAACUCAUACAGGAUAUGCUUAACACAAAUCAGCACACAGAACAUAUCAUGUUGUUGAUGAGACAAUGAAGGAGAUGAUCAAUGAGCCAAACAUCAAGAAUCAUUUGAUGAAGAAUGACUUGAAUACCUUUUUCGAUUCUUAUCUUAAACAUAAAAAUACUUUGAGAGGCGCAGUCAAAUAACCAGCUCGUGCAAAAUGA